CUUGAAGGCACAUUCUGUCCACGAUUGAUCAUUACAUCGAUUCGAAGCCGAAGUGGUAUCUUCAAAGCUAACUGUAAACCUCUCGUUUCAAGCCUUUCUUUCCCACGAACUGGAUAUAUACCGUUUGUCCGUGAGUUCGUGGGCUCACAAUCAUAGGGCCACUUACCGACCAAGAUACCAGAAAACCAGGAUACAUCCUCUCGCCUACUUCUGACCCUGUAAACAAACGACAACGACAAUCUAUAUUUCUCCCCCUAUACCAAAGUCCCCUCCCACCAUAUCCGUCUUGAAUCUCAUCUCAAUUAAACCCCCCAAAAUGGCAACCUCCUCCCCAGCACCAGCACCAGCCCACACCUCCUCCCCGGCACCAACUCACACGCCCACACCAGCAGCAAGCGUCAUCCUCAUACCAUGGGAUCCCGACUCACCAGCACAUAUCGACAGGAUGUACGAGCAGCGGGUUGCUUGUGGGUGGAAAUCUGAGCAGGUGGAGAGUUGGAGGGAGUUGCAGAGGAGUGGGAAAUUUACGUUGCAGUGGGUUGUCCUCUCCCCCACUGACCCCGCCCUCCCCUCCAAAACCACCAAACACACAACCGCCUACCCCAAACAAUCCACCCCUCUCCUCGACACAGCGACUUCCCUAGGCGGCAAACCAAGACCUGAGGAUGAAAUCACGGGAAGGGAAUUCAUGCCUGUGGGACAUAUUUCGCUGAAUACGGAGUAUGAGGAGGAAGGUUUUGUGGAUCCUGAGGAGGGACUCCUCUUCAUCGCCACAUUCUGGAUCUCCCCACCCCUCCAAUCCCACGGCCUCGGCCGCGCCUCCAUGAACGCAAUCGAGCAUAUAGCCACCGCGCCACCACUCAACGCCCGCAUCCUCGCGCUAAGCACAUGGUCCAAUUCCUAUUCCAGUGACCCGGAAAAUGAGAUGUGGGUUGCGCUGCAGAGGGAGCCGCCGAAGAUCUCGAACCAGGAUUGGUAUGCUAGGAGGGGUUAUGUGGUGUUUAAGACGGUGGCGGAGAAGUGGUGUGAGAGGGAUAGUAGGGGGAGGGAGUGGUGGUUUGCGGGGGUGUUUAUGAGGAAGGUUAUUGCUUGAUUUGGUGAGGAGGUGAGGUGGAGGAGAGGUGGAGGAGAGGUGGAGGAGAGGGUGAGUUGUGGGGUGAUGGAUGGCAUGGGAGGAGUGGCGAGGAUGCGAGGAGAAGGGAAAGGUAGAAAAGGCGACGAAUUAGAUUAUUGGGCUUUAGAAGGAGAUGUAGAAUGUUCACCGGUAGAUUGCAGGUUGUUAGAUGUGGACGCGAGAGAGUGUUAGUAUAUAAAUGUGUUUCCAUCAUCUAUGCAG